AUGGAGACUACUUGUGUUAUUCAAAAACCCCAAAAGAAAAAGCAGAAACUGAAUGAAGAAGACAUUGAUGAGAACCGCAAAAGCUUAGGAAACUUACCUGAGGAGAUUCUUCGACACAUCCUUUCUUUUCUUCCAACAACUGAUGCUGUUAGGACAAGCCUACUUUCUAAAAGGUGGGAGUACCUAUGGGAUUCAAUUCCCAAUCUACAUUUUAGUGACCGUCCAAUCUCGCGUCGUAAGAGAAAGGGCAAGAGGAGCACGCUUUUUAUGAAUUUUGUGGACAGGGUGCUAUGUCUUCGUGAUUCCUCUGAUAUAAAACGAUUCACUCUCCGGUGUGAUGAGCUACAUGAUGCAUCUCGUGUUCAUACGUGGAUAUCUGCUGCAAUAAAGCAUAAUGUUAAAGAGUUGUAUAUUGGUCUUCAUAACUUCAAAGGAGAAUUUUCACUGCCUUGUUGCUUGUUUACCUGUAAGGCACUCACAAGCUUGCACCUUUGUAUUCCCUGCAUCCUCAAGCUUCCCUCUGCAGUUUGUUUCUCCAAACUCCAGAUCUUGACUAUCAAUAAGGUUACAUUUUCGGAUGAGUACUUGACCCAGCAGUUUUUCUCUGGUCUACCAGUCCUUGAGAAGUUGGAAUUAAACGAUUGCUGCUGGGAGAGUCUCAAGGUUGUGCGUAUUUCUGCUCCCAACCUUCAUUUUCUGCGCAUUCAUGAAUUUGUGAAUCGAAAUUCGAGAUAUAGGGAAGGUUGUCAGGUUAUGAUUUUUGGAGGUUGUCUCAAAAAAUUUCAUUACAGUGGUCUUCUGUUCAACGAAUAUUGCUUAUAUGAGUCGAUCAAACUGGAAAAGGCAGUGAUUUCUACUCGAGCUUAUAAUCCAUCACAGCAAAUAACCUAUUGCAUGUAUAACCUUCUUAAAGGGCUCUCCAACGUUGAACUCCUAAGACUUUCCUAUGAUGAGGUGAAGGUUUUGAUACAUGGAGCAGAACUCCUACCUCAUUUGCCAAUGUUCAAUAACUUGAAGAAUUUGUCGUUCAAUGGAUCGUCCGUAGAUCUUGACGGUGAAGCACUGCUGAAUAUAUUACAAAGAACUCCUUGUCUUGAGAAUUUGGAAUUUUUUAUGGGGAUCAGUCUGUCGUCGGAUUCUGAAGAAGCUGAUAGGAUAUUGUAUCCAGUGCCUUCAUGUUUUUCGUCUCAUCUCAAGUGGAUUAAAGUCAAUUGUUAUGGAGUAGAGAAUAUGCUUUCUGCCAUAAAAAUUUUGCUCAACAAGGCAGUUGUCUUGGAAGAAAUAAUUAUAUCUUCUUUAAAGCAUCGUGGAGGGAACAUAGAUAAGCGAAUGAAGGCUUGUAAACAAUUAAAGGAGCUUCCUAGAGUGUCACAAAAUUGUAAAAUUGUUUUGAAAUGGUCUUACUAUCCUGCCGGUAAAGAAUGUGAAUUCGUUUUGUAA